AUCGAGCCCGCUGUUUCUGUGGCACAGAUACUGACGUGUAUUUGUGCUCUUGGUGAUGACGUGUCCUGAACACGUUCCUCAUUUAGAGCCGCUGACCGGUGCUAGCUAACGCUAGACUGGGACAAUCAUCAGAGGGGACACCAUGGCCAUUAAAUUCUUAGAAGUGAUCAAGCCAUUCUGUGCGGUUUUACCAGAGAUCCAGAAACCAGAGAGGAGGAUUCAGUUCAGAGAAAAAGUGUUAUGGACUGCAAUCACCCUGUUCAUCUUUCUGGUGUGCUGCCAGAUUCCCCUCUUUGGGAUUAUGUCUUCAGACUCAGCUGAUCCCUUUUACUGGAUGAGAGUGAUCCUGGCAUCCAACAGAGGUACUCUGAUGGAGUUGGGUAUCUCUCCCAUUGUGACAUCUGGUCUAAUCAUGCAGCUGCUGGCAGGAGCUAAAAUCAUUGAGGUUGGAGACACACCUAAAGAUAGAGCGCUUUUCAACGGAGCUCAGAAACUUUUUGGUAUGAUCAUCACCAUUGGUCAGUCUAUUGUGUAUGUGAUGACUGGCAUGUAUGGAGACCCUUCAGAGAUGGGUGCUGGAAUCUGCCUCCUCAUCAUCAUCCAGUUGUUUGUGGCCGGUCUGAUCGUGUUGCUGCUGGAUGAGUUGCUGCAGAAGGGUUACGGAUUGGGCUCUGGUAUUUCUCUCUUCAUCGCCACCAACAUCUGUGAGACAAUCGUGUGGAAAGCAUUCAGCCCAACCACAGUCAACACAGGAAGAGGUACUGAGUUUGAGGGAGCCAUUAUUGCUCUGUUCCACCUGUUGGCCACUCGUACUGAUAAAGUGCGAGCACUGAGAGAGGCCUUCUACAGACAGAACCUGCCCAAUCUCAUGAACCUCAUUGCUACAGUCUUUGUCUUUGGAGUGGUCAUAUACUUUCAGGGCUUCAGAGUCGACCUCCCUAUCAAAUCUGCACGUUACCGUGGCCAGUACAACACAUAUCCCAUCAAACUGUUCUACACCUCCAACAUUCCCAUCAUCCUGCAGUCUGCACUGGUGUCCAACCUUUACGUCAUCUCUCAAAUGCUCUCCACUCGCUUCAGUGGGAACUUCUUGGUCAAUCUGCUGGGGACUUGGUCGGAUUCUUCAAGUGGAGGGCCAGCUCGUGCUUAUCCAGUAGGUGGUCUGUGUUACUACCUCUCUCCCCCAGAGUCUUUCAGCACAGUACUGGAGGAUCCAGUCCAUGCCAUCACUUACAUCAUCUUCAUGCUGGGAUCCUGUGCCUUCUUUUCUAAAACCUGGAUCGAAGUGUCUGGAUCCUCUGCCAAAGAUGUCGCCAAACAGCUGAAAGAACAGCAGAUGGUUAUGAGGGGACACAGAGAAACUUCUAUGGUCCAUGAACUCAACAGGUACAUCCCCACAGCUGCAGCUUUCGGAGGCCUGUGUAUAGGUGGCCUCUCAGUCAUGGCUGACUUCCUAGGAGCCAUCGGCUCAGGAACUGGAAUCUUGUUGGCCGUCACUAUCAUCUACCAGUACUUUGAGAUCUUUGUGAAAGAACAGAGUGAAGUGGGCAGUAUGGGUGCUCUCCUCUUUUAGUACGGCCCUCUGUGACCACAUCAGACUGACUGAAUUAUGAGGUUAAGUUCUUUUAUAUGAUUUUUUUUUUAACGCACAAAUUCAGUGUUCUACAUCAAGGAUUUGCUCCCACUGUGCAUCUGAUCCUGACCUGUAGUGGCUCGCUUCGCAUCAGAGUUGCAGAGUGAAUUGUAUUCUGUCCUCUUGGGAAAAAUAUGGCAGCUUGAUAUCUCUGUAUUAAGCAUGGGAAUGUAACCAUUCUUCAUUUUCACACUUUGCACCAAUCUCCCAAGCCAGUAUCUAUAUAUGGGUGUUUCUGAUUCCAUGUAAUUCCAUUCAGUAAUGCAUAAUAGAAGUAACAUGUCCAAACUUGAUCAGCCUUUGACACGCCCUGAACUGAAUGUCUCGGUACGUGAGCGCAAUGUUCUAUCAUGGCAAUGGUUGAUUUGGUGUAAAUAAAAAGAUUUUUGCAGUGUAUGUGUGGGUAUGUGCACAUCUGCCUGUUGCAUUUUGUGUGGACUGAGUGUGUGAUAACAUGGGAUUGGUUGUUAAAUUUGCCCAAGUUUAUCAAUGCCAUUUCUUUGAGAUUUCUGCAUUGGUUUGUUAAAAUUGCCAACAGAGUUUCUGUUAUAUGUAUGUUUGUUGUUUUCUUCCUGUAUUUACAAGCUGUUAUAAAACAGUUCUAUGUACUUCAGUCACACUACUUAAUUAUUUCUAUUAUCGACCCUUUUAGAUCUGCUUAGCUGUGGUUUCUUUUAGUGGACCAAAUGCUACAGAAACUACCUGUUAAUGAAUAUGCCAGUGUCGAUAUGAGAGGAUGUGGGUUGUAAAAGAAGAAUGUUUCAUGUGUUUUCUUAUACAGGCCACAGUAUUAAAAUGUUGCGAAUA